UGCUGAGUAAUUUCUGGCUAGUGUGUUGUGGCGGCCAGCGGUCGGCCUGUCGGUGCGAAGUUGACAUCGUGCCAAGUUUGUGCGGGCGCCGACUGCGCGGUUAUUGCGUUGUUUCUGCCAGCCUGCCGUAUGGGUGUCACGCAGCGCUGGCCGCGGGCUGGUGGCCGGGCAAGGUCGUCGCCUUGCACCCUCAGCCUCGCCGUGGGUCGCGCGAACAAUGGGCGCGAUGACUUGCGUUCUCCGCGCGUCCAGUGACCCAUAUAGCGGCGCUACACUGACACACAUUAAAAUGCAAUUUGUAAAUAAUUAGUGGACGCAAUAGUUCCGUCUGUGUACUCGUGUUGUGAUGACAGCAGACACUGACAGUUCAUGUUAGGUGAGUGUGAUGAUGUCUCUCAAGCCCCGCAACGUUGACUUCACGGAGACAUGGGCGCACCUCAAGGAAACGGUGGCGGGCGUGGUGGGCCUGCGCGCGGUGGAGCGGUCGGUGUGGAACACGCGGUUCUCGGACGUGUACGCGCUGUGCGUGGCGCACCCCGAGCCGCUCGCCGACCGCCUGUACGACGAGACGCGCAACUUCCUCGAGGAGCACGUGGCCGGCCUGCUGCAGCGCGUGCGGGGCGCCGCGCCCCUCGACCACAACGACCAUAACGACGGCCUGCUCACCAGGUACGUGAGUGCGUGGCGCGAGUACAGCCAGGGCGUGGCGUACCUCAACAGUCUCUACUCCUACCUCAACCUGCAGCACGUCAAGCGGCAGAAGGUGUCGGACGCGGAGAUCAUCUACGGCUCGUCCGCGACAGUCACGUGCCCCGAGCAUGACGCCAGACAACUUGAGGUGGGCGAGCUGGGCCUGGAGAUCUGGGAGCGAGUACUGGUCAAGCCACUGUCCGCCGCACUCACUGGCCGCAUAGUCCGCGGGCUAGCUGCAGCCCGUGGCUCGGCCCCGGACCCCGCGUUCGCGUCCACCCUGCGCGAGGCCAUCCGGUCCACGGUGCAGGUGCGCGCGUUCCGCGUCCGCGCGCCGCUGGCGCUGUACCAGGCGCUGGUGCUGGAGCCGUACCUGGCGGCCGCCGCCGCGGCGCACGCGCAGCUCGCCGCCGACCUGCUCGCCGCCGGCGACGUCGCGCACUACACCACGCACGCACUCGCAGGACUCGAGAGGGAGGUGGCGCUGGGCGCGCGCUACCUGGACAGUUCGUCGGCGGAGGCAGUCCGCGCGUGCUACGAGCGCGCGGCCGUGGCGGCGCACCUCCCCACGCUACACGCGACUGUACCGGGCCUGCUGCGGGAGGCGGCGGCGGAGCCCCCGGCCUCCACGGAGCGGCGCGCCGACCUGCGCCGCAUGUACACGCUGCUGCGCCCGCUGGGCCCCGCGGCGCUGCGCCCCCUCGUCGACGCGGCGCACGCGCAGGCCGCCGCCGACGGACAGGCGCUGCUCGCACAGACACACUCCAAGGACGAGGCGCACACGCACUUCGUGAACGCGAUGCUGACGCUGCACGGCAAGUACAGCAAGCUGUUCAGCGAGGUGUUCGGAGGGGCGCAGGCCUUCGUGGGCGCGCUCGACAAGGCAUGCAGCGCGGUGGUGAACAGCGGCGGGGCUGCGGGCUCGGCGCCCGAGCUGCUGGCGCGGUACUGCGACUGCCUGCUGCGGCGGCGCGCGGCCGCCGACGCCGACGUGGACGACAAGCUGGCCGCCGCCAUCGUGGUGUUCAAGUACGUGGACGACAAGGACGUGUUCCAGAAGUACUACGCGCGCGCCCUCGCCCGCAGACUCAUCCACCAGCUCAGCGCCUCCAUGGAGCAGGAGGAGGCCAUGAUCAACAGACUGAAGGCAGCGUGCGGGUACGAGUUCACGAACAAGCUGCACCGCAUGUUCACGGACGUGGCGGUGUCGGCCGACCUCAACGCCAAGUUCCAGCAGCACCUGCGGGACCACAACCUGGCCACCAGCACCGGCUUCUUCAUCCAGGUCCUGCAGGCGGGCGCGUGGCCGCUGGGCGGCGCGAUGGCCCCGCUGGCGCCGCCGCCGCAGCUGGAGCGGCCGGCGCGGCAGUUCGAGGCCUUCUACCGCAACAUGUUCAGCGGGCGCCGCCUGGCCUGGCUGCACCACCUGUGCAGCGGCGAGCUGCGCACGCGCUACACGGCGCGCCAGUACCACGUGGCGGCCAGCACGGCGCAGUGCGCGCUGCUGCUCAGCUUCGACGCCGUGGACUCGUGGAACGCGCGCGAGCUGCGCGACACGCUGCAGCUCGAGGGGGACGCCUGGGGGCGCCAGCUGCGCCCGCUGCUGGACGCCGGGCUGCUGCUGGCCAGCGGGGAUGUCGGCACGGAGGAGGAGGAGAUCCCCCCGGAGGCGCGCGUGUCGCUGAACCUGGCGUUCAGCUGCAAGCGGACCAAGGUGCGCGUGACGUGCGCCAGUGCGCCGGCGCAGGGGGGCGGCGCGGGGGGCGGGGGGGCGGCCGCCAGCGACGCGGGGGACGCCGCGCACUGCGACGACGACCGCAAGAUGUACCUGCAGGCCGCCAUCGUGCGCAUCAUGAAGCAAAGGAAGGUCCUACGGCACACGGAGUUGAUCCAGGAGGUGGUGUCGCAGGCGCGCGGCUCGUUCGCGCCGUCCGUGGCCAUGAUCAAGAAGUGCAUCGAGGCUCUCAUCGACAAGCAGUACCUGGAGCGGGCGCCCGCCGCGCUCGACACCUACUCCUACCUCGCGUAGGACGCGCCAAUACAGGCCCUGCGCCCGCCGCACAAGGCCCAUUGUCGCGUGAACUAAUCCAUUGUUUCUGCGUGGCUCCGGCCUCGGUCUGACUCUAUGGCGCGACGGCGCUACACCGCCGACACCGCGCCCGAACAUAAUCUAAUUAUAUCAACAUCAAAAUACUUAGCUAAAACAAAUUCACAUUUUUAUAAUAACUAUCGUGAGACAUACUAAAUUAACUAAAAAUCACGGUUUAAUUGAGUAACGUACAUUAAUUGAGAAAAGCUCUACUAGUUUCGAGUCACAGAGGGACUCUUCAUCAUGAGCAGCGUGUGACUCGAAACUAGUAGAGCUGAUAACAAAUUCACAUUUUUAUAAUAACUAUCGUGAGACAUACUAAAUUAACUAAAAAAUCACGGUUUACUCACGUACAUUAAUUGAGAAAAGCUCUACUAGUUUCGAGUCACAGAGGGACUCUUCAUCAUGAGCAGCGUGUGACUCGAAACUAGUAGAGAUUUUCUCUAUUAAUGUACGCGAGUAAACCGUGAUUGUUAGAUAAAGCGAAUUAAAGUUAUGUUUAGUAGUAGCUCGGAGUUUGGUUUUAACAUAACAUAACAUUCUGGUGGAACAUGUUACAUUGUAUAGAUAUAUGUAUGUGUGUGUGUGUGUGUAUGUAAUGUCUCGAUUCAAACAUGUUAUACUGAGCUCGAUUACAAUGUCAGUCGGAAGACGGGGCGCUCACAUUGUGUUUAUAUAAAAUAUUUUGUAAAAUUGUUGUAACUUUAUGAUUUCUUAAUUUUCUAAUUUAAUAUUAUGUAUCACUAACUUCUGUUUCUCCUGUCUCUGCUCUCAAUGUCUAGGGUUUGAUUCCCGAUUAGUGAAAUGAUGUAAACGUUACUGUGUGCAGUGGUUAGUGUGCGGUGUCGCGGGGGUAGCGCGUUCGAGGCCCGGCCGAGGCAGUGAGCACAUCUGUUGUAUAUUUAAUGUACAAUAAUAAUAUAUUAUGUUUAACGGAGUAGAGGCACAUAAUUAUACAUAUUAUAAUAAACUUGUACGAAGUCGUUA